AUGGAAGAAAGGCGGGAUUGGAAAAGGUGUGCCAGGACGUGCGCUAAGGGGCAAGUUUUUCUAUUGAGUUCCCAGUGCGGGGAAGGAUUCAUCAACGACCUGUGCAUUUCCCAAAGUCCUACAUUUGGGCUUUUAGACCAGACCAUAGGAAAUAUAAAUGCAAAUGCUGCAGAGCUCAGUGUCAUUGGGACUGUCAGCGUCUCCGGUUCGCGUCGUCAAGUGUUCUUUGGUCGGGCUCCGAGCACCACCGUCAACGAUCCCAAUUCAAUGGCAGCAGCUGGUCCCAAGUGGGCCCAGAAGACCAUAACUCUGCCUCCCCAGAGGAGGGAUUGUCAUCUCAUCACCCCUCAGAUAGUGAAGGAAAUUGGCCAGGAAUUGUCACAUUUCAACUGCGGCCUUGCACAUCUCUUUUUGCAGCACACUACUGCUUCUCUUACUAUCAAUGAGAAUGUUGACUCUGAUGUUCGUGAUGAUACAGAGACAUUCCUCAAUAGGAUAGUUCCUGAGGGGACAUCUGCACCAUGGAAGCAUACCCUUGAAGCUUGGGUUCCAAUUACAAAUGGAAAGCUUAACAUGGGACCUUGGCAGGGAAUAUGGUUGUGCGAGCAUCGUGACUAUCCUACUGGGCGGAAAGUUGUGGUCACCCUUAAUGGAAUAUGA